ACUUGGUCUCCACAGUGGAAAGUUAUCAGUCUGCUGACACUUCACGUGAUCCUUGUCAUGUCAUUAACCUUAAUAACAUUCCUCGCAGAUAUUUAAGUUAAACUUUUACUUUUGUGGACGGCACCAUCCAGUAAACCUGGGUGUUCACCAGUCUCUGCUCCUGGUCAGUGAAAAACACCCGAGCGUGGGGCAGCAGAGGAGGGCUGUGACCAUCAAAGAGGCUUCUGUUGAGCUUUGGCCUUCUGCCAGUCAGACGUGUCACAGGUCCCACCAAGUUUCCUUCCUGGAAGCUGAAAAGGCACUAAAGAUCUGGACAUUACCAGGGACCUUUGAAUCCUGCUGAUAAGAGUUGGACUUUGGAGUUCGGCGUGGUCACUUAUAGAAGAAACGGGGGAAGACGUGACACAGAGCGAGAGGAAGAGAGAAGAAACCAUGUGGAGGACAGCUGCUGCUCUCCUGCUCCUGCUGCAGACGGUGUGCAGCCAGAGCUCCAUCCGCUGGUGCACCAUCUCUGAGUCUGAGGACAGGAAGUGCAGCGCCAUGUCGGACGCCUUCUCCCGCGCAGCCAUCCGUCCCUCGCUCAUCUGCGUCAGUGGGAAGACGGUGGAAGGCUGCGCCCAGAAACUGCAGCAAAACCAAGCGGACGCCUUCUCCACGUUCUCCACCGAGAUCUACACGCUGGGGAAAACGUAUUCCUUCCAGAUCGCUGCUGCGGAGUCCAAGAACGACGGUAGCGGCGCCUCGUACUACGCCGUGGCCGUGGUGAAGAAAGCCAACGGGGCCAUCAACAUCAACACUCUGGCCGGGAAGAGAAGCUGCCACACCGGGAAGGGCCGGACCGCCGGCUGGAACAUGCCCAUCGGAUACUUCAUCGAUCAGGGAUACAUGUCCGUGAUGGGCUGUGACAUCCCUCUGGGUGUGUCCCAGUUCUUCAGUGCGAGCUGUAUCCCAGGAGCCAAUGAGCCCAGUGACCCCAAGUCUCUGUGCCAACUCUGCGUCGGAGAUAACAACGGACAGGGCAAAUGUGAGAAGAGCGACAGGGAGAGAUAUUUCAGCUACGGUGGAGCACUGAGGUGUUUGGCUGAGGGUGCAGGAGAUGUGGCCUUCAUCAAGCACACGACCGUCUCGGACUACGCCAACGCGACACUGACUCCUGCAGACUACCAGCUGCUGUGUCGGGACGGAACCAGAGCUCCAGUCGAACAGUGGAGAAGCUGCCACCUGGUCCGGGUUCCAUUUAGGGCAGUUGUCGUCAGAGAAGGCAUCACUCCCUCGGUGGUGUACAACAUGCUGGACGAGGGGCUGCAGAAAUCUGGCUUCAGUGUGUUUUCAUCCUCCAACUAUGGAGGAGGGACAGUGCUUUUCUCUGAAAUGUCCACCACUUUUCUGGAGCCGACUUCAAAUGACCCCAUCAAGUGGAUGGGCACUCACUACUACAACGCCUUGUCGGCCAUGGACUGCAAACCUGCAGCGAGUCCUCUGCGUUGGUGCGUGUUGUCCAGUGGUGAGCAGAGGAAGUGUGUGGAUAUGGCGGCUGCCUUCCUGAGGAAAAAUCUGUCUCCAACCAUCAGUUGCCUCCACGGGGACUCGGUGGCCGACUGCCUCCAGAAGAUCAAGGACAAGGAGGCGGACGCCAUCACUCUGGACGGGGGUGAUAUUUACAAGGCGGGGAAAGAAUUCGGGCUGGUUCCCGCCUCUGGAGAGAGCUACACAGUGGACGAGGACGGGUCCAUGUACUACGCUGUCGCCGUGGUGAAGAAAAGCAACAGUGACAUUUAUUCUCUCGAGGACCUUCGUGGCCGCAAAUCCUGUCACACAGGAUACGGCCGCACCGCCGGAUGGAACAUGCCCCUGGCCUUGCUGAUGGAAAAAGGCCUGAUCAGCCCGAAAAAUUGUCAGAUGGCUCAAGCCGUGAGUGAGUUCUUCGGAGGGAGCUGUGUUCCCGGGGCCGACCAGAAGGGCUUUCCUGCCAAGCUGUGCAGCCUGUGUGUGGGGGACGACUCGGGCCAGAACAAAUGCCAGAGAGGCCUGGACCGCUAUGACGGAUACAGCGGUGCAUUCAGGUGUCUGGCUGUUGGAGAGGGAGAAGUGGCUUUCGUGAAACAUUCCACUGUCCCGGAUUACACCGACGGGAACUCUGCCGACGCCUGGGCUGCUGGCCUGAGCUCCAAAGACUACCAGCUUCUUUGCCCGAAGGGAACCAGAGCAGAAAUCAAAGAUUACAGAAACUGCAAUUUCGGCCGAGUCCCUUCGCACGCGGUCAUGGUGCGAGCCGACACCAACAUCCAUGCCGUGUACGGACUGCUGGACCAGGCUCAGAAAUCCUUCGGCAAAGAUGACGGGACGGAGUUCAAGAUGUUCGACUCGCAGGCGUAUCAGGGAUCGGAUCUCAUCUUCAAGGAUUCCACCGACCGUCUGGUGGGAGUCGGCGAGAAAAAGACCUACCAGCAGUGGCUGGGCCAGGUCUACCUGGACUCCCUGGUCAACAUGGAGUGCAACUCCUCAAACAGGGCGUUUUCCUCGGUGGCGCUGCUUCUGUCGGCACUGCUCGCCUGUUUCAUCUGCUUCUGAAGACGCCACACAUCAAGCACGACCGGCUCGUCGCUUCUUCUUCUCCUCUUCACAUCAACAUUUUCCCGACCAAUCAGAUCACACCUCACUUUGAAUGUAUCUGACACCUGGAGCGCUGCGUCCGCCGUGUUUACAGAAGGUGACCAGCCAUAUCAGUGCGUAUGCUGCCACCUGUUACAUUGUUCUAGCGGGCGGAGCCUCCGUGUGUCACGUAGCCUCAGUCGAUUCAGCGCUCUCUUCCUGUCCUGAUUCUUCAAUGUGUAUUUUCUUAUUUUCAGAGAUGUAUUUUUAUAUGAAGUUCAGGUGCCAUAUCAGUGUAUAUGCACUGACUCAUGCGGCCAGAAACAAAUGUUCUCUUCCUCAAAACGGAGAUUCUAUUUCAGUAUGGAAUGACACAGUGACUAAUAUUUAGU